UCGUAUCUCUCUCGGCAAACCUCCGGAACUUGAAAGAGCUUAGAUAGCCAAAAGAAAUCAACGCAGCGUGAUUGCAGAAAUUGAGUUUUGCCUUAUUAACUUCUACACACUGUAUUGGCGGAGACUGAAAUCAAAUCUAAGCAGAGGUGAGAGUCUCGCUGAUUAAGAAACAAGCUUGCGUUUAUCUUGGAUCACGUGACUAUCUGUACUCGUCAUGCCUCAAUUGGACUUCGGACCUGAUCAGCACAGGAAGGUGUUGUUGCCGGUGGAUGAGAGCGAUCACUCUCUGCGCGCGGUUGAGUGGUACUUCAAGUUUGGCAAACUACCCCAGGACUUUGUGGUGCUAUUCCACAGUGUGGACACCAGUAGCAUCAUCCCAUCCAGUGGAUACACGUGGGCAGGUGAGAUAAGUCCUCUUCCGAUGACUGCAGUUGAGAAGAUGCUUAAGGAGAAAGAGCAAGAGGUCAAAGAACUCAAACUGAAGUACGUCAAUCUGCUCAAUGUCAACCAUGUUCAAGGCGAGUUUCUCUACUCUUCCGCUUUCAAUCAUGCGGGGGAGGCGAUUAUUGAUGCUUGUGAGCAGAGAAGUAUUCAUUACGUCAUUAUGGGCAACAGAGGCAUGGGUGCGAUUAGGAGGACUUUUCUGGGCAGUAUCAGCGACUACGUCUUACAUCAUGCACAUAUUCCGGUCACUAUUAUUCCACCGCCGACAUUGAAGAAAGACUCAAAAUCGAAAGAAACUGAGCAGCCGAAUGGAACUGCGAAGGAUCCAAAGGAAGCAACAAAUGAAAAAAGCUAGCUGAAAAAAGCGCAAUCAAUUGAUGAAUUGAGCUUAUUUGUAAAUCAUUCAUACGAAACUAAAUUAAUAAG